CCACCUUGCCUCUCAAAGUGCUGGGAUUACAGGCUUAAGUCACUGCGCCCAGCCUGGGCAUUGAAAUUUUUAACAGCAGCCCCCAUACUCCCAAAUAAAUGGGGAUGGUAAGGCACAACCAAGGCUGAGACUACUGUGUAGUAGUCCAGGCUGCCUGCUGGAAUGUCGGUGCUGACUUGAGUGCGCCUUUCUAGUGGUUGUGGGGAGGCCUGCACUUGCUGUGUGCUACCUUGACUGAGGACUUUUGAGGAAAUUCUGUUUCAAAAUUACCGUGAGGUCUGGUGUGAGACCCUCACUCAGACUCAGUCUCUAGUGACUCUCUGAAGUGAGUGCUUCUAAGGAUCUGAGGCACUCAGCACUAGACAAAUGUAGCUUGUUUUUAAUUCCUCCAGUUUGUUACCUCCCUUAUUUGCCAGGCUUGGCUUUGAGUGAGUUUUGGCUUUUUAGGGUUGGGGGGCUCUCUGAUUCAUUCAACAGAUCUUCACUGAGUGGCAGAUGUGUGCAAAGUGCUUGGGAUGCUAAAGACGACAAGUGUGUCCUCUGUAUUCAGUGUUGGGAGACAGACAGUGAUUGAGACAACAGAGUUGACAGUUACGAUGACAUGGAAGUGGGUGCUGACAGAGGAUGGCUGCUGGUGUAGGCAGGAUGGUCAGGGACCUGAUUUCUCAGAACUGACCGGGAAGGGACGGUGGGGACCAGGCCAUUUGGGGCCUCACAGAUCAGGGCUGAUGAGUUUGGGUCCAUUUAUGUUGACUCAGUUUAUUUGAGGGUGGGCGCACUCCUGUUUCUCAGAAUUCCCGGUGCCUAAACCCAGGCAUGGCAGAUGAUACUUGCUCAGUAAACAUUUAUUGAACAAAGAAUUGAUUGAAGUAAGAAUGCUGGAGCGCACAGAGCUGUGGGGCCUGAGUGCAGCCUGGAACACGUGCCCCUCCUCAUCCAUCAGGUGAGACCAGCAGGAGAAAGCCAGCUCAGCAGUGGCUGGUGGUUGUAUUUAUGGUUAACUUAUUUUGAGAUACUGGUAGUUUCACAUGCAGUUGUAAGAGAUAAUACAGAGAGAUCCUGUGUCCCCUCCUCCCAGCCGCCCCCAGCGGUGACAUCUGGUAAAAUUCAGUGCACUCUCAGCACCAGGCUCGGGGCACUGAUACUGCCAGGACACAGAACAUCAGGACAGCUCAGACCCUAACCCUUCAUUGCCUUUUUAUAGUCACACACACGCCGCUAAUCUGUUCUCCAUUUUUGUGAUUUUGUAUUUCAAGGAUGUUGUGUGCACAGGGUCGUGGGUGGAUGGCCCUUUGGGGUUGACUGUUUUCACUUAGUGUGAAUCCCUGGAGCGUUAUCAGUUCCGCCAGUCAAGUUUGUUCCUUUUAUUGCUGAGUGGUAUUUUGUGGCUUGGCUGGCCCACUGCUUGUUUAACCAUUCACCUGUUGAGAGACACCUGGGCUGCGUCUAGCUUUUAAUUGUUAGGAAUAAAUGUUGCUCUCAACAGUCAUGUGCAGGUUUUUGUUGAACGUAAGUUUUCAUUUGUCUGGGAUAAAUGCCUAAGAGCACAAUUUCUGGAUCAUAGGGUACUUACAGAUUCAGCCUCAUUAAAAAGUGCCUGUUUUCCAGAGUGGCCAUACGGUGGUUUUUGUUUGUUCUUUUAAAUGGCUUAACAAUGGAAGGAAAGAUGCUUCUGCAGGGCCUGACAUAGAAAGCCCAUGGAGACCCGCCCUGUGGGUGGGGAAGCGGGUGACGGGAGCCCCACUGCUUACCAGAACCCCGGUGAAACUGGGUCUUUCCAGUCCCAAGAGUCUCCUUUUUUGUUAAAAGCAUCAGAAGACAUGAAAGCAUUUCUACCGCCCACGUUUCGGGAACACUGUUGGCUUUUACUUUGUAGUCUGGAGAGAGAGGUUUGCUUUUCCACUGUCAUGUAAAUCCUGUCGGUUUUCAACGGAGCCUGAUCUUUAGGGUCUUGUGUGAAGCUGUCGGUCUGGAGAUGCAGAUCACUGUCUGCUGAAAUGAAAGGAGCCUCCUACUGGCGUUAGGGAUCUCCUCAUUGAGGCAGGGAUCCAAGGGCUUCUUUCUUUGUUCUCCGAUUCCCUGAGCCUCUUCCCUGUGUGUAUGGUGCGUGUGCACUUCUGUGAUCGCACUGGGAACUAUGACAGCAAUAAGUGGGUAUGACUGGGGGUGGGGAGCGGAGGCAGCAUGGCCAGGAAUCUAUACUUGAGCUACCAAGAGGAAGGAAGUAGCAGCAAAAAUAGAUUGGGUGGGGUGGUAGAAAAUAUUAAGGGGAAAAUGAGAUGCCUGGGGUGGAGUUGAAGAAGAGCUGCUUAAAGAGAAAUGGGGACACACACUGGACACAGAAUGUUCAGCUUAACAAAGAAAUGACACUUGCCAGCAACCGGAGCCUGGCAGAAGGAAACCUUCUCUACCAGCCGCAGCUGGACACGUUGAAAGCACACUUGACCCAGAAAUACCAGGAACUCCAGGUUCUCUUUGAAGCCUAUCAGAUAAAGAAGACCAAAUUAGACAGACAGUCUAGCAGUGCUUCCUUGGAGACCCUGUUAGCACUUCUUCAAGCAGAAGGGGCGAAGAUUGAGGAAGACACCGAGAACAUGGCAGAGAAGUUUCUGGAUGGAGAACUUCCUCUGGAUUCCUUCAUUGAUGUCUAUCAGAGCAAACGGAAACUGGCCCACAUGCGACGGGUGAAAAUUGAGAAGCUCCAGGAGAUGGUGCUGAAGGGGCAGAGACUCCCACAGGCUUUGGCCCCGCUGCCACCCAGGCUGCCCGAGCAGGCACCUACUGCCCCCCUUCCCUACUCUGCCCCAGAGGCCAGUGGGCCCCCCGCUGUUGCGCCUCGACGCAUCCCCCCCCCACCACCCCCGGUGCCUGCAGUUCGCCUAGCCACCCCAUUCACCACGGCCAUGGCCUCGGGACAGGCUGUGCCGUACCCAGGAUUACAGUGUCCGCCCUUGCCCCCGCGUGUGGGGCUCCCCACUCAGCAAGGAUUCUCUGCACAGUUCGUGUCCCCGUAUCCACCAGCUCUCCCUCAGAGACCCCCGCCCCGGCUGCCUCCGCACCAGCCGGGCUUCAUCCUCCAGUGAGCACCAGAGCCGUCCUUCCUGGGAGACCCUCCGCCUGCUGUGCUGCGCUCUGCAGAUGGGAGGGAGGCUGGAGGUCUGCUCUGUGCCAAGGGCUCCAGGGCCCUGGGCCAGCGUGUCUAUCUGGUUUUAGAACUGUAGGUCAGUGGUGAGUAGUAGAAGCCCAGGUUUUGGGCACCGAGGCAGUUGUGUGUGCCGGGUCGCCGCCUGACACCCGCGCGUCGCAUCGGUUUGCAUUCUCUGUGUGAUGUCUAAGUAUCUUAGUGUUGACGAACUCAUGUUUGGGAAGAGACAAAGCGUCUUCCCUCAUUCCCUUUUAGAAUCGUGGUCCUCCCAUUGCAGCUUUAUUUAAUGAGCAUGGUUCAUGAUACUUAUUUUAUUUUCAAAAAACAGUCAUGUGUGUCUCACCCAGUGGCCGCUGCAGCCCUGGUGAGGGUGGGUGGGCGCCAGCCAGCCUGGAAGAGUGCUGUGGCCGGCUGCCAUCUGCAGCUGUGUUGUUGCUCACUGAAUCUGUUGGGGAGAGGUCAUCACAGUCACCGCCUGACCUGGCUGCUGCUCUUGCUUCAGAGCCACAAGCAAAGUUUGCACUGGGCCCACUGCCGAGUCCAGAGGCUGGAGAAUGGCCACCGGUGUGAGAGGGGACCGCACGAGCGGGACUUUGCACAGCAAAUCGUGUCCCCAGCUGCUUCUCUCCCUCCUGCCUCGAGCCGGCCCCGAAGGUUUCUAUGAAGAAAUAAUCCCCCAAUAUUUUUACUACAUGUGUGAUUUUCCUGUUUUAUAUUGAAAAAGAAAAUUUUUUGACACUCCCAAGACCAUUCAGGGAAAUUUUAUAAAAAAUGCAAAUAUUGUCUUGAGCAGAUUGAAAUGCAGAUGAAGCGGAUGCGAUUUCCUACCCUCGGGUGUCCGUGCUGUGCCUUAGUUCCCCAGGUGCCAGGACUCACACCUGCUAGGGGCUGGGCAGGGCCCCUGGCGGCUCUGCUUUCUCUGAAGGGCUUGUCCAAGUUCAUUGCCCUAUUACAUGUGGUCAAGAUGUCCGGCUGCCUUGACCCAGGCUAUCCUUAGCCAGUAUCUUCUGCCCCUGGCUGGCUAGUAGCUGGGCCUCAGGGCGGUGGUGGUAAAGAUUUGGAGAAAGCCCACCCCACGGGAUUGAGGGGCGGGGCUGUGCUCCAACCACCUGGACCUGCUCUUCUCCCCACCCCCGUGGAACCUCAUCUUCACGUGCCACAUGUGCUGAAGGCCUAGGGCCCAGCAGUGGGCAGCGGCAUCUGUUGACAGAAAAGGCCCAGGUGCUUACCCGUGGACCUUCUGGGUCACCCCUCCCCUGUCACUUGUCAGGCAUCUAGGGCCCUGACCUGUGCCUAGCCACCAGGGUGACAAGGCAGAACUGAAGUGGGGUCUGUCCCAGUGGGCCACGGUCCAGGCCACUGCCUUUUGUCCUCAAUGACUAUAUUCCUGCUCUCGGACUUGAACUCUACUGUAACCGUUUUCUUAAAGGAAAUGAAGUUGUGUAGGAUGAUUCACUGCCACGCCAGUCAGGCAGGCUUGCCAUGUUCUGUGAAUCUCCAGUGAGCGGUGCCACCCGCCCCAUACCUCCACCACCAGCCGCUGUCAGGGAUGCCACAGCCCAGCCACGGUCGCAGCCAAAUGCGUUGCGAAGGGGCCCCUGGCUGGGCUCGCCGUCGCUGUUCAGGGCCGUGUCCGGUGCUGUGGCUGUAAAGCUGUAGGACCCUUUUUAAUAAAUAGAGAAUUAUUAAUAA